AUGGAUAAUACUCAGUUAUCUAAACCUCUUCUAGGCGAUGUCAAAUCAUUGAAAGAUGCUGCUCUUCUUUCUACGAUGGUAGAAAUGGAGUUCAAACCUAACCAAAUCAAUCCUGCAACUGUUCAAGUUACCAAUGAUAAAGCAAAGCCGGAUAAAAUGAGCGAAGCUUUAGCUAAUAUUUCAGUUGUUUUCAACAGUCUCCUACAUUCACAAGUCAAUGUGCCUUACCAAAUAUCCAACAUAGUAAAGCUGUCAGACGAAACUCAUUAUGUCGCCUCCACUUGUGAAGGGCUUGCUCUUUAUAUCGACAUGAAGACCAAAAGAAUCGACGAGAAAAAACUCUGGGAGCGAAUAGAAUCUGUAGCAGUUCUAAAAGGAGAACAAAAAGCAAUCUUCUCCUCCUUUCAAUCUCUUCAUGAGGUUAAGCUUCCUUCCCUUCUCCCAGUCAAAGAAAAGACUUUGGAUUUUGGUCAUCAUAUCCGUAAAAUGGUCCAGUCUUAUGAUAAAAAUUUUUUAUAUGUCCUAUUAGACUACAAAAAAAUAGUCAAAGUCAAUCCUGAAAAUUUUGAAGAAAGAGAAGACAUUCUUGAAGGAGAGUUCGCUGAAAUGGCUUUAUCACGGACUGGAGGGAAUUUUUUUUCGGAUGGCACCUUUUCGGCACAAUUUUGUAAAAAUGUAAAAAUAUUUGCAAAUUUGGCAAAAAAUGGGCAAAUUUUUGCUGAAAAAAUCGUCCCGGGCUGGAAAGCUUGCCACUUUUUCAAGCGAUCAUAAAUUGACAUUGACAAAUUUAGAAUCUUCAAGCCAAAAUGAAAUGCUUGAAUGUUUUGAGCUAAUUGAUUAUCUGGAAUUUUCUCCUAACGAAUCUAAAAUUAUAGCAGUUUUUUGAGAUACUGUAUUUAUUAUCAAUGUAAAUCCUUUGGAAAAAUGCAAAGUUUUAAUGAAAGAAAGAGUUUUCUCGCCAGUUAUAGCAAAUGAUGAAAAUACGCUUAUAUUAGGAGAUGAAAAAGGAAAGCUUAUAUUUUGGGACAUUAAAAACAAAGAGCAAAUGUCAGAAGUCCAAGUCCAUAGUGGGAGCCUUAAUUUUGUGAUGCUUUCCUCUGAUGGGAAAUUGAUAUACACAAAUGGGAUGGACGGAAAACUCCGCUCAUUGAAAUUUCCUGGGGUAACUAACUCUCCUUUUAAUUGGAAUAAAAUAUUUGGUAAAUUUACAUUUUUGGUACUUAACCUACUUUAAAUUUGAUCAAUUUAUUUAAUAAAAAACAAUUAUAUUAAAAAUGCUAAUUAUAUACAUAAAAUGGCCGGAGACGAGCGACCUGUCCUUCCGUGGCGGGCGACCUUAUGUAUACCGGACGUGGUUUUUGGAUGCGAAGAGCUACUCAAGGUAAGGGCUAGCCUCGAGGCGAGAGGCCCAGCACAAUUUCCGCUGAUUUUGUGGCCUGACCCGGGCAGCAGUUUUUCGCAUCUUUUUUGCCAGUAGCGCCGAGGCCCAGACUCGGUGUCCGAAAGAGGCAGGGGGAUUACUUGCCUAAGCUACUUGGUGGCAUCGCCCCGAAUCCCGUAAGGGGUUGAGUUUUUUCUUGGAGAUGAUCCGGGAAAAAGGGGAAGGUGAGGCUCGACUUAGGAUCUCAAGGGCACAAGUCUCUCCAGUUAAAAGGGUUCGAUCAAAAAGGGCGAUCUGGCGAAUGGAAAUGGCAGUGUUGGCGUCAACUUGGGCGACACAGCAAGUUGGAAAAUGGAGGCGGUCAGCUAAGACAGUGCUCUGUCCCUUGACCUCACCUCUACCGAGAAACCGGGGGUUUCGGCCCGGGCUUGCUGUGGAUACGCUCUGCCACCCUGCAGGUAAAACCGCAGCAUGCAGUCCACGAAGUAGGGACUAUAAAUACCCAGCUUAAAACUAACUAACUAAAAAUGCUAAUUCUUAAAAUUAGUUGAACAAAUGAAUAUUAUUUAAAUAGUUUAAACACUGAUAAGAUUAAUUUUUUGAAUUAUUGUGCCUUUUUGGGGGCAAGCGCAUGAACCAUAAUGGUGGCUAGUUUCGUAUCCCAGCCUUGGAAAAAUACGAAGCUGGCCACUAGUAUGGCUCACAUACUUGUGUGCCCAAAUAGGUACAAGACACAAUAAUUUUUUAUAUAAAAUGAAAUUAAAAUUAAGUUCAAUUUAUAUUUUUUAAAAAAAUUGACCCCCUUUAAUCGAACAUGAUUUUUUGUUUGAAUUUAAAUGGAGGGGAUUAAAGAAUUAUCAAAAAAAGUUUGAGAUUUCGAAAUUUCCCCAACAGAAAGCAAUUUGAUUAUUAAAACUAGUAACAUGAUCACAUUAGAGAAGUGGGAUUUGUCUACUAACAAGACUGAAAGAUAG